ACAAAUACAGGGAGUCAGUAUCAGGCCGAGGUUGCACGAGCAAGUAAUGCAAAGAUAAUGAGCUGUAUGUAAUUUUCUUCCUUACAGCGCGAUUAGAGUUUGUUUGGCUUUUCUACACAAAUAACGAAAAGUGUUGUGACAUCAAAGCGAGCUGACCUAUGGAGAAUUCUUUUAGCGAUGUGAUUCAAACUUCUGUACUUUUCGUUUCCAUCACCUUCAUAGUGCUGAUGAUCAUCUCCCUAACAUGGCUUGUGUUUUACUACGUGCAAAGAUUCAGGUACAUCCGGACAAAGGAUAAACUUACAAGGAAAUUGGGAAAUGCGGCCAAAAAGGCGCUGUCGAAAAUACCCACGAAAACUAUCAAGAUGGAUGACAAGGAAGUGCAAGGCGAUGGCGAGUGCUGUGCGGUUUGCAUAGAGCCCUAUAAACUAAGUGAAACUCUGAGAAUUCUGCCUUGUAGACACGAAUUCCAUAAAAACUGUAUAGACCCGUGGCUGUUGGAUCACCGAACUUGUCCAAUGUGCAAGAUGGACAUCCUGAAGCAUUACGGCUUCGUGUUUACUGGCAGUCAGGAGAGCAUUCUUCAGAUUGAUGGGCUCGAGGAUCAUAUCAUUGAGAACUCCAACGUUAGCCAACCAUUGAGUCCUCGACGUGGCAGCAUCAGUCCGUUGCCUGAGAUCAGAGCCAUUGUUAUCUCAAAUCAACAAAGACGCUGUGCUUUUGACAAUUCCAGAGACGACGAUAGCAGCCGUUCGUCCACUCCAAACGAAAUGACGCCGAGUUUAGGACCGAAAAACUAUUCAGCUAACGUAUCUGGUGGUGUCCAGAAGUCUCAGCGCUUGGAUGUGUGCGAGAAUUGUGGCGCUCCUGUACCGGCUCAGGAACCGGACAUCCACUCACAGCCCUCUUCCAGUCACAUAAUUGAGAUCCACGAGCAAGAAUGAGCAUCCAGUAUGAAAGUGUUCUUUUCCUUGACCACGUGAUAGAUGGAAAGCCCGCUCUUUAAGGGGGCAAUUUCUAAUUUUCCUUGACUAGUUAAGCCUAGGUCGAGGAUACUUAUCGGACAAUGUGAAAGUUGUGCGGUUUAUCCGGUAAUAUCGGACCGUAGUUUCAUGGUGCACUAUCCCCAGUCAUUUAAUGUUCAAAUAGUCAAUUCGUUCAUCAGUUGAAUUUUGGUUGCCAUACAGCAAUAAAGCAUCCAUUUCCUCGUCUGGACAUCACGAACAUUGUAGAAUAAGAUUAGCGUAGCACAUAUUCUAAAUUACUGACUAAAAUUUUAAAGAAUAUGACAAAUUAGCGUUAUGAAUAAGCUGUACUUAUUUACAUACAAAGUUGCGGCAAUGUUAGCAUGGAGAAAAAACAUUCGAUUGUGAUAUUGACUUGCGUCGUUAAAGCUGAACUAUUAUGUAUUCGCCCUCAAAUCAAAAUUCAAGCAAAACAUUCACAUGUCGGUUAACGAACUGGACUGGUUGGUAUUCAAUUUUAAGCUAGUUUUUCGACUGCCUUCUCCCUCAUUUUGUGAUAUAUUUUAGUGAUUAACCCUUGUCCGUAUGGGGACGAUUGUUUAGUGGUACUUUUGACUUAAUUUACAAAAGUUGUUAGUACUUAUGUUAGUUGUUUAAUAGUCCUUAACCGGUUUUUAUUGUAAAUAGUUUGUAAGUGUGGAACUGCCCGAACUAUACCGGGGGUCCACUGGAUUUUUUGCUACGAAAGUUACAUGUGUAAGCUAUGGUUGUUCAUCUUUUUCUGGGUGCAAGACAAUGAGACUCAACAGCUGGAAGCUGGUAUUCCACCAUGAAUGUGCUUUCUCAGUAUCGUCUUUUUUAAUUCUUGAAACUUUGCUAAUUGCAUCAAAACGAACAUAAAACAAGUGGCUUAUCAACUAUUUUUCCACUGCUCUUCCAACUAACAUAGAGUAGAUGUAGUAUUUAAUGCUGGCAAGGAAGUCAACGCAUUUUCUAAAAUAAUGUACUCACAACUAUUUUAAAUAAGGUAUGUCACUUUGUGGGCGUUGACUAAUUUCUGCCUUCAGGAGAGCAAACCUAGUUCAUGAUUUCCGCAUAAUGUAAUGAUUUGAUCAAAAUGUGCCUUGACCCUUUGUUGGAUUUUUUAUGUAUAAACUAAGCAAUUGGCUUGUAAACUGACAAAACGUUCAUCAAUAAGACACUUAAGUAAGCUGUAUAUACCAGAAGCUAUGUUUAAACGACUGAAUAAAAUUAAUUAUGUUACUUUCAAAA